AUUCCUCUGAAAGUGUAGGAUGUGUGUAAAAAUCAUCCCAAAAAUCCGGGUUUUUUUCAAGUUGUCAUUUGGAAAAAAAUAUCUGGAGUUCAUCUCUCUUUGAGUUCCAUUCGAAAAAGACCACAUGUCGCGAUCAGCAGUUGAAAUGACGCGUACGUCGCGCGAAGUCAAUAGAGAGGUCCAACCAAUCCAACCAAUCCAACCAAUCACGUGAACGUCAGAAACAGUGCAGCAAUUCAUUCAUCAAGAAUGCCAAUGGAUCGAGGUAAUGAAAGACGAGGUUGACGGCUAUGAGUCCUGUGCAUUUGCAAUGCAUCCAGCUGGAAAUAAACCAGCCAAUCAACUCCGGUCACGUGGUCGUUCGCGCCAAUGGAUGCAUUGUUGUGGGAGGCAGGGAGUGCAUUUGCGUAAUUUCUUUUACUACGAUACUCUGUAGUAUAGUAGGCCUACUUGUAAUUGUAUGCACGGCAACCAAAGUUUAUGGGGCACCUGGAGUAUAAAUAGGGUGGGAGGAGAUGGUAACAUGGAAAUGUCUGCCAGUUACCAUUAUGUGAAGAGCUUCUGGACAACAAUGUUUUCAAAAGAUUCUUAAGCAUCAGGAUUUGAAUGAACAUCUUAAUGUUACUCAUGUAACUGAAUGGUGGACAUACAUGUAUGGACUUCCAACUUCUGGGCUAUUGAAUAAAGAGCUGUUGACAUGGUUCAGUUUUACUGAACACACCACGAUGCCAAACUGCAAAACAGCUAAAUAAAUACCGUACAGUUAGUAACCAUGUGGAAGUUUGGCGGGAGUGACACCACAGGCUGGCAGGUCAGAUACCACAUGAUUGCCCGGAGGGAGUUGUAAUAAGAAGAGCCUCCAUGUUGCCAUUGGCAGUGGGCCUGAAGGUGAAUCUACGAAAAAAAUCAUGGAGGAAUACUGUCUGUUAUGAGACCAUGAGUUUCAGGAUGUGAUACUAGAGUCGUAUUGUUAUCAUGAAAAGACAACCAGAUCAAUUACUGUUGAUAACAAAUAUUUUGCAGAUUGAAUUUUCGGAUUCAAAGGAUGUCACUCUUAAAACAUCUCUUGAUCAGUUUGAUUGGAACCAGAGUGAGAUAAGCAAUGAAAUGCGAGACUUUGUAGACUCAUCCAAUGACUUCUGUGCUGCAUUCAAACAGUUGAAGGUGGGACCGGAAGAACAAGAAGAAGAAACAACAGCGAAUGAAAAUGAUGAAACAGAAUCAGAAAUUGAGGGGGUGGAGAUAGAUGAAGAAGAAGAACCAGAACUGAAUGAUGAAAUAGAGAAGAUCAGGCCAUCUGUGCAUCAAUGUUGGCGCGUUGAUCAAUGGGAUAGAUGCAUCCAGGAACAUCCGUCCCAUUGAUCAACAGUGGAAAGCAACACUGAAAAGGAGAAUUCUUAAUGGAGAAUUUAAAGAUGACAAUCAACCAUUACUUCUGUGUGUAAAGGAUGUUACUAAGGAGGAUUUUAAUGAGAAAAAUAUCAAUGGAUACAACUAUGAAGUUCUUGGUGGCCAACACCUAGUGUUGGCCAUGUCGGACAUUGGGAAAGAAUUUGGGGGGGGGAAUAUAAAAGAAGUCUGUGGGGUAAUGUGUAUUGCGGUUUAACCGAUGAAGAAGCGAUGGUGGCCUCCCACAACCACAACAUGGUAGGAGAGGCCAGGCUCAAGAUGUCAUUCUAUGACAAGGUUAGAUUCUGUCGAGGGUGGAGGAAAGAGUUCGAAAAUGAUGUCGCUUGGAAGGAAUCUUGUAGAAAGCUUCAUGCUGAUGAAAAGACAACAAUAGACUUGGCCAUGCGGUUGGCAUUAUUUCCUGAAGAUAUGUUCAAGAUGCUGAUGGAGGUGUUCGCUCUAUACGAGGAUGGGGCGACAAAAGACCAGCAGCUCAAAGCAAAAGAUCUAAAAAAACCAGAUCUGCAACAUGCCUGUUUCAGUGCUAUGGUGCACCUCCACAAUGAGGACAUUGAAUGGCUUUUGCAGAAAAUAAUGAACAAGGAUCUUUCUAUCGCCGAAAUGAAAAAAAAAGCGAAGGAAUUAAAAGGCCUUCAGAAGGUGAAACGUGCCUUCCUGAUUGGUGUCGACAAGGCUACAUGGGAGGAAGCAACAAGUGCCUUUCCAGAGGAAACAAAGGAUGAAUUGCUUUCAAACUGGAAAGAUUAUUCUUUCAGUGGGGGCUCUGUUCCUGAGUCGUUUAGUGCGUUCAUCAGUAGAACAAUGGCAGUGAACACAAAUGACAAUGUGUCUAAGGUGAACUUCCUCAAACUUGGAAAAAAUGACAUAAGUCCAGAUGUAGUGAGUAAAGCAAGCCAACUGGUGAUUUGCAAGGCCAGUUCCACAACACUAAAGAAUGUCUCCUUGGCUACAAGAGCAAUCAAUGUAACCCACGGCUGUACUUUGUACCGGCUUUUGGCCAUGGCCGACACAGUCGAGGAGGCCUUAAAAGCAAAGGACUUACUAAGUGGCCAAAAUUGGACCGGAAUAGACCUUGGGUUCUGGUACAACCCAGAUGUAAAUAAACCACAACAAAUUGGACAAAUGAGGGAUAAGGUAACAGCAUUCGUGGUAGCUUACUGGACACCGAAUGGGAAAACGAAUCAGGACUUCACAAUGAUUGACAUUGAUAACUGUUGGAAGUUGAAAUCUGAGGCAGCCUUCUUCGAUAGAGUUAUUCAAGUAUUUUCGUGUGAAACAGAUCAUGUGAUGAGCUGUUUCUUUUCAAGUAAUGGAAAUGCCACAUUGGCAGCAAGACGUCAUGGGAGAGAGGUUACCUGCAUUCGUGAAACCGAAAUGCAACUCGAUGAUGUCAGGUGCAUCCUCAGUGUGGAAGAGUAG